UCAGCCUGUUGUUGUUCGACUCUUUAAACUGGUAAUACGAGUUUCAUAGGUUGGUUUGUUCCGCGCCAAUUGUUUGUUCGUGCAUUCAAGUGCACAACCCUAAAACUUAUUUCCUCCUGAGAUUUUACAUCUUUCUGAUGUAACUUAUGACCAACCAACUCCUUAUAUGCUCACUGGGUUCUAGUGCGUUACUAAAAAAAAGUUAAUUCAUACGGUAUGAUGUGAAUCGCAACCGUGUCGCGGGAAAGACCUGUGUCUUGUCAGUUUUUGAGGACCAUAUGUAUAUUAUCUUUGUCCUUUAAUCAUAUAACAAUCCAAUAAUAGGGGGUUAGUAUUUUAUUUUUCUGUCAAAUUGAAAGAUUGAUUAGUAAAAGAAAAAGUAAAUAAAAAGAUGAUUCAUAACUAGAUCUUCCCAAGUUUCCAACGGAUUGCCGCGUCAACCACUUCCUAAGCCUUACUGCCUUACUCUCUCUUUCUCUCUCUCUCUCUCUCUCUCUCUCUCUAUAUAUAUAUAUAUAUAUGCACAUAGCUCUUAAGGCUCUUUUCUGGUAGAACCCGAAGCGUGUUGCUCGCGCGCGUAGAUGGCGGCCACUCCGAGCAAAUGCUUGCUUGUCACUGGCGCUUCCGGAGUAGGAAAGACCACUCUGGUGAUGCGAGUGCUCGAGAGGCUACGAGUCUCUCACCCCAGCCUCAACAUCUGUGGCUUCUAUACUCGGGAGAUUAGAGAAGGCUUUGAUAGGGUGGGAUUUGAAGUUGUCACCCUCGAUGGUAGGCAAGGGCCACUCGCUUCCACCAAGGUUUCCAGCCAGGAAGCUCUCAGAUGGCCUAGUGUAGGGAAAUACAAAGUGGAUGUAGCCUCAUUUGAGUCACUGGCGUUGCCGGAGUUACAGGUUAAACAAGGUACAGAUCUUUUCAUUAUCGAUGAAGUGGGGAAAAUGGAGUUAUACAGUCCAUUAUUUUUCCAGGCUGUUCUGAAUGUCCUGGAGUCCAACAUUCCAAUAUUAGCCUCCAUACCCAUACCGAAGUUUGGACGCGAUAUUCCUGGAGUUGCCAGGCUAAGAAAUCAUCCAGGAGCUUCAGUAUUCACUCUAAACACUGGAAACAGAGAUGCAAUGAGGGAAAAUAUAUAUACCCAGCUGGUAAACUUGCUGCCCAAAUUACCACGAAUUGAGUUCACUAAAUUAUUUUUCUUCUUGGAUCUCACUAAACCCAAACAGCUCGGUCACAGUUUAAGGCAUGCUAAAGUUCACCGCGUGCACAAGAUACCGCGCGGCAACGAACAAAGAGAAGUAGCGAAUUCCAGUGCACGUCUCACUAAAGCGCGCCAAAUGGAAGCUCGACGUGCUGAAAACCUACUAAAAGCUCCUCCUUUUCACCAUUUCCACACUCCUUGUUUUGGUGGGGGGAGCUGUGCCAUUGCUGUUGAAUUUGAGAAUGGUGAUGAUUUAUCUUAUUGUGCAAUUCUUGUCUUUGGAGAAGCAGUUCCAAAAUCUAUGGCAGGCAUAUUACAAUUUUUGGACUUCAAUCAUGCAAGCACUUCCAGGAAGUUAUUUGUGCACAAAAAACACAAUGAUGGUCUUGAAGCUCCUAGGAAUAGUUUGGAGUUUCCCAUGGAGGCAUCUCAGAGUUAUCAAAUCAUUCAUGAAGAUGUUCCGUACUCUUGUCAGGUGAAGCAGCCAUCCGCCUCCAAGAUGAGCCCUUGUCCAAAUACAGCUCCUAUGAAAAAGUUAAUUGAUGACGAGAUGUCAAACAAAACAAAGGCAAAAAACAACACUCCCAGUGUUGUUGCCCGAUUGAUGGGCAUGGACGCAUUGCCAUCAGAGACUACGAGUCUACCUUUUGUAGAAUCAGACAGUGUGCAACCGAGAAACAUGAUGACAAAGACUGAAUCGUCUAAGGUUUCAUCAAAUCAUCACACUUCUAUCAGCUCAACAUCUUGCCAGCAAAAUAAGAGAGAGUGUGUUCCUUUUGAUACCAAGCCAGAGGCUAGCCAAUUAUCAACCCAGGACUCAAGGAUGACAAAACCAUGGUCAUGUGAACAUCCCCAAGAAGAGCUACUUCAGAAAUUUAAGAAGGAUUUUGAGGCAUGGCAAGCAUCUAAGUCACAAGAGCGUUCUCGCAUCCUUGAUCUGGACAAUAAUCGUCAAAGUAAGGAGAAUGUAAUUAUUGCACAAGAAAAUCUCGCAAGAGAAAAAGUAGCCAUAUACAUCGGUGCUAAGAAAUCUUCUGUGGAUGAGAUAUCCAUCGAUCAUUUGUCAAUGAAUAGAUCCAAAUUUCAUGUACGCCAAGGUUCUGGAUAUUAUCAUGAGGCACAUGCAGUUAAACCACUUCGAUCGAAUAUGAAGGAUGACCAGCAGUUCCGGAGCAGGAGAAAAACUUAUAGUGUUGAACACUUUCCUUUGUCCAAAUUUGAAGAGAAAUGGGACAGAACUUCUUCUCCUACAAGGAUAGUGGUUUUGAGACCCACUUCUGAGAGUGAUGAAAUUGAAGAGUCUUGGUUUGGUGCAUCAAGGAUGACAGAAAAGGAGGACAGUAUGGAGGACUUUCUUCAAGAGGUAAGGGAAAGGCUCAGGCAAGAAAUUCAAGGAAAGGUGAGGAGCACCAGUACUGCCAGAGGAAAUCCCACCAAGAUUUCCUUCAAUGAGAGGCCAAUGGACACAAAGCAUGUCGCCCGUCAUAUUGUGAAACAAAUUAGAGAGAAUGUUACUAGGGACUUGGGAACAACAUUGCAGCGAUCAGAGUCAACAAGGUCUAACAGAAGUGAAAUUCAGUUUGAUGGACCGGACUCUCCAGAAUUUAUCAAGAGAGACACACGAAGGAUCUUGUCAGAGAGACUGAAGAAUGUACUUAAAAAUGAAGUUGAUAUUCAGAAUCCAAUGAGUCGCAAAAGACAGUCAGGGACCACGCUCGCUAUGUCCGAAGGGUUGAGAACACGACAGAUGACUGAAUUCUCAAAGUCAGGGAAAAAGGAGAGCUACUGGGAAGAGAAAAAAUCUGUUGCGGAAUCAAAAACUCACUCUCACUCUUUUAGACGUGCACAGGUGAUUGACACGAGAUUUGAUAAGGAAUCAUUGUCGCCAAGGAACCUCAUCCGAUCCUUUUCUGCUCCAGUGACUGGAACAGCAUUCGGCAAACUUCUCCUAGAGGACCAGCAUAUAAUUACUGGAGCUCACAUACGCAGGAAGCAUGAAGCAUCUGAACAAAGUUCACCUGAUGUGAGGAAAAACAAGAAAGAUAGUUUCAAUCUUAAAGGCAAAGUAUCAAAUUUGAAACAGAAUCUCAGCCUUAAAGGGAAGUUGUUUGGGAAGAAAGCACAGUUGGUUGACAAAUCAGAUGCUAGUGAAUUUGAACCUUUGAAGCAUAUUAUUACUGGUCCAACGGUUGUGAUGAAUCUUGGAUUUGUGCAGGACAAUUACACUGAGGUACCACCAAGCCCGGCAUCAUUGUCUAGCAGCCCUCAUGAUGAAUUCUUUAGGCCAGGUCAUCCAAGUCCCGUGUCACCAUUGGAGGCUCCAUUUAUUGAAGACCCACAUUCAUGCCAUGCCUCUGCUGAAUUUAGCUUAGAAUUUCCUGAGCUGACAACUCUAUCAGAGCAAGCUGAGCGCAGUGGACCUGUGGAUCUUGACAUUGUAGAAAAGCUGAAUGAGGAUGAAACAUUUGAGGGAACAGCCGAGGUAGAAGACCACAUAGAAUCAUAUAUAAAAGACAUCCUUCUUGCAGCUGGACUUUACGAGGGUGAGGCCUUCAACCGAACUUUUCUAAGAUAUGAUGCACUCACAAAGCCAAUUCCUAAAUGGGUGUUUGAUGAAGUUGAGGAAACAUACGGUAAAAAUGAGAAAGACGAAACUCUCAAGUGUUGCUGUGCAGAAACUCACAUAGGUCACAAAAUGCUAUUUGAUCUUCUAAACGAGGCAUUGCCGCAGGUAUUAGCAAUCCAAAUGCCUGGUUCCUCAUUCAAGAGAUGGCUUGCUGGACCACCAACUGUGUCUAGAGGGAAAAAACUCUUAGAUUGUCUAUCACAUCAGAUUAAGAUGUUUUCGAAUUCACCGGUUGACGAAGAAUCACAGUCUCUAGAUAGCAUGAUGAUCAGGGACUUGAAGAUGACUCCCUGGUCCAGUUUAUCUCAUGAUGACAUUGACUCCAUGGGAAGAGAAAUGGAGAUGGUGAUUGUAGCUGAGUUGAUAGAUGAGUUUGUGUGUGAAAUGUUUUGUUAGUUGUGUGUUGAGAUAGAUAAUGUUUUCUUCUUCUUUCUUCCUCUUCCUUAAUCAAUGCUGCAUUGAUGCUUCCAAAUUCAAUCUCUGAAAACAAAGAUCAAAGAUGUGUGCAUGAGUGUAGAAUUAGAGUGUACAUGCUGUUCAGAAACCUUGUGAAACAUAUUUGUUAUUCAUUCGGCCUUGUAUCACAGCUCAAUAAUGGAAAGUUAUAUUUUUUUGUUUUGUUUA